AUGUCUGCUGAGACCGCCACCAACCCUCCCGCCGCUGAGGCUCCCGUCAACGGCACCCCCGACAAUGUCGGCGCCCAAGAAACCGCUACUACCCCCGAGCCCACCGGCGAGGGCGCUGCGGCCGCUGCCAACAACCAGCCCCACUCCGCUUCUCUCUAUGUCGGCGAGUUGGACCCCUCUGUGACUGAGGCCAUGCUCUACGAGCUCUUCUCCUCAAUUGGCCAGGUUGCUUCCAUCCGUGUCUGCCGUGAUGCUGUCACCCGUCGUUCCCUCGGCUAUGCCUACGUCAACUACAACAACACUGCCGAUGGUGAGCGUGCUCUCGAGGACCUGAACUACACCCUGAUUAAGGGCAAGCCUUGCCGCAUCAUGUGGUCUCAGCGUGAUCCCGCUCUGCGCAAGACUGGUCAGGGCAACGUCUUCAUCAAGAACUUGGACAACGCCAUUGACAACAAGGCUCUGCACGACACCUUUGCCGCAUUCGGUAACAUUCUCAGCUGCAAGGUUGCUCAGGAUGAGUUUGGCAACUCCAAGGGCUACGGAUUCGUUCAUUACGAGACUGCCGAGGCUGCCAACAACGCCAUCAAGCAUGUGAACGGUAUGCUCCUCAACGACAAGAAGGUCUUCGUUGGCCAUCACAUUUCCAAGAAGGACCGCCAGAGCAAGUUCGAGGAAAUGAAGGCCAACUUCACCAACAUCUACGUCAAGAACCUCGACCAGGAGAUUUCCGAUGACGAGUUCCGCGUCAUGUUCGAGAAGUUUGGUGAGAUUACCUCUGCCACUCUCAGCCACGACCAGGAGGGCAAGAGCCGUGGCUUCGGUUUCGUCAACUACUCCACCCACGAGAGCGCGCAGGCCGCCGUUGACGAGAUGAACGAGAAGGAGAUCAAGUCGCAGAAGCUCUACGUUGGCCGUGCCCAAAAGAAGCACGAGCGCGAGGAGGAGCUUCGCAAGCAGUACGAAGCCGCUCGUAUGGAGAAGGCUUCCAAGUACCAGGGUGUCAACCUUUACGUUAAGAACCUCACCGACGAUGUUGAUGAUGAGAAGUUGCGCGAUCUUUUCAGCCCUUAUGGUACUAUCACCUCCGCGAAGGUGAUGCGCGACUCCGUCUCCGACCGCAGCCCCUCCGAGACCGAGAAGGAGGGUGAGACCAAGGAGGAGGGUGAGAAGGUUGAGAAGCCCGAGGAGAAGAAGGACGAGGCCAAGCAAGAGGAAGAGAAGAAGGAGGGCGAACAGGAGCAGGACGCCGAAAAGUCCGACAAGUCCGAGAAGAAGCUCCUCGGCAAGAGCAAGGGCUUCGGUUUUGUUUGCUUCUCCAGCCCCGACGAGGCCUCCAAGGCUGUCACUGAGAUGAACCAGCGUAUGGUCAACGGCAAGCCCCUUUACGUCGCUCUCGCUCAGCGCAAGGAUGUCCGCCGCAGCCAGCUUGAGGCCAGCAUUCAAGCCCGCAACACUAUUCGUCAACAGCAGGCCGCCGCCGCUGCCGGCAUGCCCCAGCCCUACAUGGCGCCCGCUGUUUUCUACCCUCCCGGCCAGCAGGGCUUCAUUCCCGGUGGUCAGCGUGGCGGCAUGCCUUUCCCCCCUCAGCCUGGUAUGGUCAUGGCUGGUAUCCCUGGUGGACGCCCUGGUCAGUACCCUGGUCCUUUCCCUGGCCAGCAAGGUGGUCGUGGUAUGGGUCCCAACCAGCAGAUGCCCGGUAACUUCCAGGGCGUGCCCAUGGGCAUGCAGGUUCCCGGUGGCAUGCCUAACGGUAUGGGCUACCCUAUGCAGGCUCAGUUCGGCCGCGGCGCUGGUGGCCGUGGUCAGGUUCCUGGCAUGCCUAUGGGUCAAGGCAUGCGUGGUGGUUUCCGUGGUCCCCCCGGCCAGAUGGGUCGCGGUCAGGGUCGCGGUCAGCCCGCUGCUGCUGGCCAGCCCGGCCGUGAUGAGGCCGCCCCCGCUUCUGGUUUGAACUCUCAGGCCCUUACCUCCGCUCCUCCUGCUCAACAGAAGCAGAUGCUCGGCGAGGCCCUGUACCCUAAGAUUCAGGCCCAGCAGCCCGAGCUUGCCGGCAAGAUCACCGGUAUGCUGUUGGAGAUGGACAACACCGAGCUUCUCGGACUGUUGGAUGACGAGGAGGCUCUUCGCGCCAAGGUCGACGAGGCCCUCAACGUUUAUGACGAGUACAUGAAGAACAAGGGCACCGAUGGUGAGCCAGCUGCCGAGGCCAAGCCUCAGGAGGCUGCCAAGGAGGCCUCAUCCGAGGAGAACAAGUCUUAA